AUGGACUUCCAGCAGAUAAAUACCAAGUUUAUGGCCCAGCAGUACCUGAACAGCAGGCCGCCAGCAAAAUCAAAAAGCGGACCUUUGCUGUACAAGAGGCAUGCACAAAAGCAACGGGAUCACCAGAAAAGACUGCCCAACACAACUCCGCUCUUCCCAAACAUUCACUCUGGAGCGCGCACCUUUAAGUUUCUCAUGAUCUAUCCAGGGGCAACUGAGAGAUGGCCCCCGCUGACGGUGAACAUGGACAGCCCUGGGCCAACGGCCUACUCACCCCCCAGUGUCAACUACAGGGAGACUACUGCUCCAUCCUACACCUUUGGAUGGAAGACACCUCCUAAAGAGGGCGGAGGGCGCCGUUCCUGGCAGAAAACCUGGUUCCAGAGCAAGCACCCUUUCACCAGAAAAGUCAAUUUUAGCAGCGAGACAAAUUGGCCGUCUCCAUUUCACUACAAUCAGUCCCUAAACUCCAAACCAGCCAACAGGCCAAGCAGUCCCAGCUAUACCUUUGGACAGAAGGGCACCUUCUCCUUUACCAGCAAAGAUGCUCCAUAUGAACCAGCGGCCAACAGGUACGACACAGUACGCGGCUAUAAGCAGGUGCUACAAAGAGCUCCAUCCAUUAUUAUCAGCCCUGCACCACAACAUGUAUACAGGUGGGCAAGCAAAGAGGGCACACCAGGACCUGGCACUUACAACGUGGAGAUGGGGCACACAGCCCGUUUGCCCAGCUCACCGAGCUUCUUCAUCCAAGGAGUGAGGAGACCCAAGAAGCAUGAAACAGGGCCAUUUUCGACACUGUGA